AUGGAGACAUUCAAAUUUCUCUUGUUUUCCAGCUACACUUUCUUCCUCCUCUUAUUUCCUCUACUCAAUAUUUUUCUAUGCUCAUGUGAAGUACCACAAACAACCUUAUAUCUUCCAAUCACCAAAGACUCAUCAACUCUACAAUACAUUGCAGAAGUAAGUCAAAGAACUCCUUUAGUCCCUAUAAAACUCUUAGUUCAUCUUGGUGGGAGAAGCUUAUGGGUGGAUUGUGACAAAGGUUACAAAAGUUCAACUUACAAACCAGCUGUAUGUAAUACCACACUAUGCUCAUUUGCCAAGUCACAUGCUUGUGGAGACUGCCUAUUCAAAUCUCAACUGCAACCUGGAUGCAACAAUAAUACAUGUUACAUUUGGGGUGAAAAUCCCUUGAUUAAUACUUACAUGGACAGCGCAGAAAUUGCUGAGGAUGUAUUGGCCAUUGGUUCUACUCCUGGCGUUCGUAUCACUUGGCAGCGGUUUAUUUUCACUUGCGUUGAGUCCUAUCUAUCGAGACGCCUCGCAAAUGGAGUCACAGGAAUUGCUGGUUUUGGACACGAAAGUCCACUUUCCAUUCCCAAUCAACUCGCUUUAGACCCUACAUUGAACAAGAAGUUUGGUAUGUGUUUGAGCUCAUCUACAAGAUCUCGUGGAGUGAUCUUCAUUGGUUCUGGCCCAUAUUAUGUUUACAAUCCUAAGAAAGUCGACGUCUCCAAGGAUCUUGUCUACACCAAAUUAAUCACAAAUAACAGGGGAUUUCUGUUAUCUGAAGAGUACUAUAUCCAAGUUUCAUCCAUUCGGAUCGCGGGACAACACGUGCCACUAAAUAGAACAUUGUUAUCUAUUAAUAAAAACAAUGGAGUUGGUGGUACCAAAAUCAGCUCAACUAUACCCUUCACAAUCUUGCACACUAGCAUUUACGAUGCUGUUAAAAUUGCUUUCAUCAAGGCGCUUCCGAAGAAUGCAACACUUGUAGAGCCUCCUAUGAAACGAUUUGGAGUUUGCUUUAGUUCUAAAAACAUUAGACGUACUAAGGUUGGACAAGAUGUUCCUAUGAUUGAUUUUAUCUUGCACAAACAGAGUGCAUUUUGGAGGAUUUAUGGGAUAAAUUCAGUGGUACAAGUUAAAAAGGACGUUAUGUGUUUAGCGUUUGUUGGACGAGACCAAACAUGGGAACCAUCAAUUGUGAUAGGAGGAUAUCAAUUGGAAGAGAACUUGUUGGUAUUUGACCUUCCAAGAAAGAAGAUAGGUUUUAGCUCCUCACUCAAGCUCCAACAAACAUCAUGCUCCAAGUACGAUAAUACCAUUCAAGGCUAG